AUGCUGGUGUUCUUCAAUGACCAUGUCCUGAAUGAUUUCAAAACCCUUUUCCAAUCUCUUCCACCUGAAAGACGAUACCGUGCUGCCGGAGUGGCUGGCUCUUUCUACGGCCGAGUACUUCCCAAGGCCUCCCUUCACUUUGCUUUCUCCUCUUCUUCAUUGUGUUGGAUCUCCGAAUUGCCGGAAGAGAUUCUGGACAGUAACUCUCCGGCGUGGAAUAAGGGAAGAAUUCACUACACAGCAGCCAGAAAGGAAGUUUCUGAGGCUUAUGCACUUCAAUAUGCAAAAGACUUGGAAGCAUUAUUGCAUGCAAGAGCAGAAGAGCUUGUGGGUGGAUGGCUAAUGGCUCUUUUGAUUCCUGCUGUCCCUAAUGUUAUGAUCUCUUCUGAGACAACCAUUGGGACUGAGAUCGAUCUUCUCGGAUCUUGCCACAUGGAAAUGGCCAAGAUGGGAUCACUCAGUGAAGCAAAAGUGGACUCCUUCAACUUACCUUUAUAUUAUCCACCCAAUGAGGAAUUGGAGGCAUCGAUAGAGGCAAACACAAGCUUCAGCAUGGAGAGAAUGGAGAUCCUGAACAACCCUCCGAAACAUGUCGCCAUGCCUAGUGUCAGACAUCGCACACUGUUCUUGAGGGCUUGCUUCGAGGGACAUUUGGAGAAUCAUUUCGGAAGUCAUAUCAUGGAUGAACUGUUCAAACGUUAUUCCAAGAAAGUUGCCGAGUCUUCCUUCACCAUGAAUCCAGACAAUGAUAAAUCCAUUUUUAUGUUAGUCCUCCUUAAGCGUAAAAGCGCGUCCUCACAGAAUGAUUCACUCUAG